AUGUCCAACGUUAGUUUACAGAUCAGACAAGCAGUUCCAGCUAUUGAUUCAGUAGUAGCUGACUAUGCUGUUGGAUACAUUCAACAUGUGUCUGAUGCGACUGAAGAUAGUGUUCGUGCUCAACGGAUCAAUAUUUCUGAUGAAAUGGCCUUUUUGAACAGUUUGUUGAUAUCAGCAGGUGGUCCAUCUGAUAAAGUUAAAAGCUUGACUGACUCCAUUACUCAACAGUUGAGUGAAAAAUUGAAAAAGAAUAUGGAGAAAUUGGCCAUUACUGGGGAUACUUCAAAACGUUUACUCGAUAUCAAUGUAUUGCAAAAUAAUACCAAAAGAGACAUCAACUCGUCUUUGGCAUUGUUGUCUGCCAGUAAUGAUAUUGAGCAUACUGGUAGAGUCAUGGAAACCAGAGUUGACAAGAAAAAAUUGGAGAAACAAGAGAGGAAAAUCGCUAAAAAAGUUGCCAAACGUAACAACAAAUUUGUCAAGUAUGAAGCUUCCAAAUUGUUGAAUGAAAAACAAGAACAAGAUUAUGAUUCAUUCUUUCUUGAAAUCAAUCCUCUUGAUUUUGGAUCUAGCGCUGGUAAAUCCAAAGAUAUCAAGAUUGACAAUAUUGACUUGUAUGUGGGAGAUGGUCAAAGAAUCUUGAGUGAGGCUUCAUUGACUUUGGCUUAUGGUAGAAGAUAUGGUUUAGUUGGUCAAAAUGGUAUUGGUAAAUCCACUUUGUUGAGAGCAUUGUCUAGAAGAGAAUUGAAUGUCCCUAAACACAUCACCAUUUUGCAUGUUGAACAAGAAAUUAGAGGUGAUGAUACCCCUGCAUUACAAAGUGUUUUGGAUGCUGAUGUGUGGAGAAAAAGUUUGUUGCAAGAAGAACUGAAGAUCAAUGAACGAAUAACUGAAAUUGAAAACUUGAGAAAAGAGUUUGAUGAAGAGUCAUUGGAAGUAAAGAAGCUUGAUAAUGAACGUGACGACUUGGAAAAUCAUUUACAAGAAAUUAGUGAGAAAUUGAAUGAAAUGGAAUCGGACAAAGCUGAAAGUAAAGCAGCUGCCAUUCUAUAUGGGUUGGGGUUCACAAAGGAAACACAAAAUUUACCAACAAAGCAAUUUUCUGGUGGUUGGAGAAUGAGAUUGUCAUUAGCAAGAGCAUUGUUUUGUCAACCUGAUUUAUUAUUGUUGGAUGAGCCUUCCAAUAUGUUGGAUGUUCCAUCCAUUACCUUUUUGGCAAACUAUUUACAAACUUAUAAAUCAACUGUGCUCGUUGUCUCACACGAUCGUGCAUUCCUAAACGAAGUGGCUACCGAUAUUAUCCAUCAACAUUCAGAAAGAUUGGAUUAUUACAGAGGUGCCAAUUUCGAUUCGUUUUAUGCUACAAGAGAAGAAAGAAUCAAGAAUCAACGUCGUGAAUAUGAAAGUCAAAUGGCUUAUAGACAACAUUUACAAGAGUUUAUUGACAAGUUUAGAUACAAUGCUGCUAAAUCACAAGAAGCGCAAUCACGUAUCAAGAAAUUGGAAAAAUUGCCUGUAUUAGAACCCCCUGAAGACGAUAAAGUUGUUACGUUUAAAUUUGCUGAACCUGAUAGUAUUUCACCACCAAUCUUGCAAAUGCAAGAUGUUAGUUUUGGGUAUGAUCCAAACAAGUUACUUUUCAAAAAUGUCAAUUUGGAUGUGCAAAUGGAUUCAAGAAUUGCAUUUUGUGGUGGUAAUGGUACUGGUAAAACUACUCUUUUGAAACUAAUUAUGGAACAAAUCACUCCCUUGGAAGGAUAUAUCAACAAGAAUGGACGGUUAAGAAUUGGAUAUUUUGCUCAACAUCAUGUUGAUGCCAUGGAUUUGUCACUUUCGGCAGUUUCUUGGAUGAGCCAAACUUUUCCUGGGAAAACUGAUGAGGAAUACAGGCGUCAUUUAGGUUCAUUUGGUAUUACUGGUCCCUUGGGUUUACAAAAGAUGCAAUUAUUAUCAGGAGGUCAAAAAUCGAGAGUGGCAUUUGCAGCAUUGUGUUUGAAUCAGCCCCACAUUUUAAUCCUAGAUGAACCUUCUAACCAUCUUGAUACCCAAGGUUUGGAUGCGUUAGCUGAAGCAAUGAGAAAUUUUAAAGGUGGUAUAUUGAUGGUUUCUCAUGAUGUUGCAAUUAUUGAUAAAGUUUGUAAUGAGAUUUGGGUGGCUGAAAAUGAUACCAUUUCGAAAUUCCCUGGUAAUAUUCAUGAUUAUAAAAAGCAUAUUCUUGAAUCAGCCAAUAUUGCAGGUGUUGUAAAGAGACAUUAA